GCCCAAACCACCUGUCUGGAAGUGUGUGUCUGUGUGAGCGUGUGUGUGUGUGUGAUCGCUGUCUCAGAGAAAACUACUCUGCUAUACAUAAUCUACACUGAACAAAAACCGUGAACGAUUGAGAAUCAGACCGAGCUCCUUUCUGUGAGACCCCGCCCCAUGCUCCUCCCUCCUCUCAGGGGAUGGCCAAGGUCCAGGAUGGACACACAAACACACGCGACAGCCCUGCGAUGUUAGAAGAGAGCCAGGAUGGUAUGGACAGUGGUAGCCUGACUCCUGGCCCAGCUUCAGCUCGACAGGUCUGCAUCCAGCGCCACCCCAGCCAAGGCUUCGGAUUCAUAGCAGGCAGCCAGAGACCAGUCAUUGUACGCUCCGUCUCUGCAGACGGCCCGUCCAUCGGCAAGCUUCUGCCUGGAGACCAGAUCCUGGCCAUCAAUGAGGAGGUGGUGAGCGAGGCUUCCCGGGAGAGAGUCAUAGACCUUAUGCUGCAAAGACUCCAUAGUUUUCACUGUGCUGCAGCCUCACCAGUCACCUAAGUCAGCCUUUAUAAGUGCAGCUAAGAAGGCCCAUCUGAGAACCAACCCGCCCAAAGUGCGCUUUUCAGAACAAGUGUCCUUCAGUGACCCAGACUCAACAAUGCUAAAGGACGACACUUUGCUACUCAUACCAAAUGUGCUGAAGGUGUUCCUGGAGAAUGGUCAGAUCAAGUCCUUUACGUUUGACAGCCGCACCACUGUCAGGGAUGUGAUCUCGUCCCUGCAGGACCGCCUGUCCCUGCGUUACAUUGAGCACUUUGCCCUGGUGCUGGAGUCAGGUGGGCUGGACCAGAACCAGAGACUACACCUGCUGCAGGAGAACCAGCCGCUCUCACAUGUGGUGCACAGGACGUAUUUCCAGGGGAUGAAGUGUCUCUUCCGCAUCUGUUUCUUCCCCAAGGACCCAGCAGACCUGCUCAGGAGGGACCCUGCAGCCUUUGAGUACCUCUACAUACAGAGUCGCAAUGACGUCAUCAAAGAGCGCUUCGGCAUGGACUGGAAGUCUGAUGUCACACUGCGGCUGGCAGCGCUUCAUAUCUACAUCACAGUGUCGUCGGCCAGACCCAAUCAGAAGAUCUCGCUCAAGAAUGUGGAGAAGGAGUGGGGCCUGGAGCCCUUCCUACCCCUCACUCUGCUUCCCACCAUCAAGGAGAAGAAUGUGUGUAAGACCUUGUCACAGCUGCUCAAAACCUAUCAGCAUCCGCCUCCCUCCGGCAACAAGGUCCCUCCUCUCCAGGGAAAGCUGCAGUACAUGCGUGUGCUCAACGAUCUUCCGCCCUUUGGAGGCUUGCUGUUCCACACCGUCGGACUAGAUGAGAAGCAGUCAGCCACUACGCUGCUGGUGGGUCCACGGCACGGCAUCGGUCAUGUGAUUGACCUGAAGAACAACCUUACCACAGUUCUGACAGAGUUCAGUCGCGUUGCUAAGAUACAGCUGCACCGGGAGAACCAGGGUGUUGCCCGCGUAGAGGUGGCAAUACAUGAGGCCAAGCCUCUGGUCCUGUUGAUGGAGUGGCCUGAUGCCAGUAACUUCGCCUGUCUCAUCUCUGGCUACUACAAGCUGUUUGUGGAUCCCAAACGAACCAUCUACUACCGGACACCUGGUCAGUCUUAUAUGAUCAAGGCAGGUAUCCUUCUCCUCUCUUUUCCCAUAAGGACACACUCCAUCCUCCCAUGCGAUUCCUCACCUCUCAGCCUCUCAAUUGCUCUGACAAUUCUGUCCUCAGAUUAUAGAGGUUCCCACCACGCCCACCCACGCUCUGGCGUCACAGCGGCGUCCAGUGGAGACCGACGAGCGGAUGAGAGGGAAAGACCCCAUACGAGGGACCCAGGGUCCCAGUCUCAGAAGACAGCGACCGCCCCACUGCCCGCAGAGUCCCAACACCUGGGUCUAUGCCACGUUCAUCUCCGGGAGCCACAACAGCUGCAGGAGCUCCAAAUGCAGGCAGAACCUGAGCUCGACAUCAAUGAGAACUUAAUUUCCCAAGAGGCACCAGAGCGGCCCAGUGCCAAGUCUGACCCAAUGCUCCAGAGCACAGAGACGAUCGUCGGGAGGCCAGAGAGCCCCGUCCAGGAGAGCUCAGUGGUCUUCAGGAGCAGAGCCCAAACCAUGGGGCAGUCCCAGCGAGCUACACGGUUCUUCUGUGACUCCUGCAAGGCCAGGUUGAGGGCAGAGGGAGUGGCUGUGGUCUUGAACAGUGAAAGCAGCGGCAACUCAUCGAAGCACUGCUCCAGCGCCUGUGCCUCCCGUGAUGGUGGUGCAGUAGACCUCAUGGCCCUGCCUCCCCCGGGGAACGAAGAGGAAGAAGAGGUGGAGGAUGUAGGAAGAAAGCUGCAGCCUCCUCCGCCAGCCAUUGCUGCCCCUCCACCUGGCUUCAGGGACAACAGCUCAGAUGAAGACGACGCCAAGAGAGGACGGAAUUCUCAACCAAACCCAAACUCCAUCCCCAGUCCAAGCACUGCAACUGGGGCUGCUGUCAGCAAGAGCUCUGCCAAGGCUUCUGCCAAGGAAGUGGUACCAGCUCCAGGGGAUGUCCCGGUGACGUUGAUAGACAACGUGGCCACCAGGACAGUACGGGACCAUGCACAGGAGCUGGAUGAUGCUCUGGUGUCCACUCUGCAGGCACUGGAGGCCCUAGCUGCAUCAGAGGAUUUCCCCCAUCACCCCCAACAGCCAGCUCAAACCACAGGGUUGAUCGUGUUGGCGGCCAUUACGCCUGAAUCAUCGUUGGACUCAGGGCACGAGACCAACUCCUCGGAGCUGACAGACGUCUCAGAGAUGGUGUCGGCCAUGAAGCAGCACCAGAACCAGGCCUACCUUCUGGCCCACCAUAUCAACAAGGAGCGUAUCUUCAGUCGCAGGGACUUCCCCUUGGCCAUACCAGGCUGCACCACCCAGACUAUAGAGGGUGGUGCGUUCUCCAUGGGUCAGAUCCGUGGCAGCUGCCCCUCGAAGCCAGUGACCCUCAUUAAGACUGUUCCCCUAAAGCUCAGCCCUGCUAAGGAGACUGCCAGUCCAGGUCUCAGCUCAGUGAAGCAGGGGAGUAACGUUACCCAAGACCCAUCGCAGAGUGAACCGAGAGAAGGCAAGAAGGCAAAACCAGAGCCUACCAAAGCGUGCACCCAAGACCGCCCUGCAAAUUCAACUGAGGAGCUGAAAGUGUCCGAUCCAGGGCAGGCACCCAAGGUCGGCAAGGAUCAAAGGUCACCCUGUUCUGCUAUUGGAAAACUAAGCCUGAAUCUCUCUGCAGGGAUCAAGGGGAAGAAGUCUGCGCCUCUGAGCCCGGACCCUACCAACAAAGCCUUACCUAUUCUCUUGGCUGUAGACAGAACUGCCUCCGCCAAGAUUUGCCCCACAAACAUGUGCCAAGAUGCCGAGACUGCCUCUAGCGAGACCAUCAAGCCUUCAAGCUCUAAUGACCUCCUGCCAGUUGAUGACCUGUUCUGCACGUGCCCUGUGAGAGAACCCGGGCCACAGCUAAGACCGAAGGAUCCACAAUCCCAGAAGGUGGUUGUGUUCCACUCCUCUUCCCCAACAGACGAUGAGCGUCUUCCGGCCAAAGGCCUCCAACUAGCCAGCAGCAAAGAGAUCGCAGCGAAAGCAGCAGGAGGAGCAGGAGCAGACCUCGUCUUGGCCAAGCCCAGCCCCCAGGCCCCAACAAAGUACUCCCAGUCCCCACACAUACAUGUGAAAGCUGAGAGGAAGGAAGCAGCAGAGGCCAAGGCAGAGAGGUCCCAGGGUAAAGCUCAAGCUGAGCCACAGAAAUGCCCUGCGAAGACAUUGCCUCUCCUGGGAGACCCCACACACCCUACCUGCUCUGUGGACAAGGUCUCCACUUUUCCAUCUGCCGACAGCAAGAAGCAGGGUGGUGGUAAAGGGAAGGCCCAGCGUAGCGCCCCCUUCCUCAGUAUCAAGAACCUCCUGUCAGCCACGUUCCCAGCUCGGAUUCGGCGGGAGACUGACGAGCGCAGAGCCCAGCUCCAGAAGGUCCGGCAGUACGAGUUAGAGUUCCUGGAAGAACUUCUGAAGCCCAAGUCAUCUGGGGGCGAGUACCUACCCCAGGGGUCCUCGCCAGUCCCCUCAGGCACCCCCUGUGCUUGUCAGCUCCGUACAAGUCCUGUGCUAAAAGCCCCUGGCAUCUCCCGAGAGCAACGCCGCAGCUGCGACUGCAAGAGGAUGUGCAGAGGCAUCCGACUGCCCGAUACACCGGUCGGCUCAACUGCAGAGCCACAGCAGCAUAGAGGCAGAGAGAGAUCCCUCUCCAAGACCCCUCCAGUGACCUCCAAAACCCCUCACUCCCAGGGAGGUCCGAGGAGACCUCAGACCUUAGAGAUCAAGACCACCCGAAUCCGCUCGACCAGUCUGGAGUCACGGGAACCCAGGGGGGAGCAGGCUUCCUGCUUGCCCACUUGCACCUCUCGCACACCAGACUGCAUGGGUGCCCCACAGUACAAGAAGCUCCAGAGGCGGUAUAGCAUCGGGGAGGUGGACAACGCUGAAGGCACACCACUGUACGCCGAGGUCAAACCCAAAGCCAAGAGCCUGGAGAAGGAGAUGGAGCGAGUGAGGGCCACAGGACUGAGGCUUCCAACGCCCGUGGAGCCUGUUCACAAUCAAACUCAAACUCACACGGCUGCUGCAGCGGCGAAGGGGAAGAAAGGAGUGUUCUUCGUCCAGGGAGAAGAGCUGCUGCGGGAGAGCAGAGAGGGGGCGCCGACAGAGAUGCUGCUGGGGCUGCCUAGCGAGGACAGUGACGACAGGGAGAAGUGCUGCUCCUUCUGUUUCUGCUACAGGAAGUGUGAGGCGGCGGACGAGAGCAGUGAGAAAGAAGAGCUUUCCUACUCCAUCCCCCUCCAGGUCCUGCCUGGGAUGCAGCUGGACUCUCAGACCUUGCCCGUCGUCAGCAAAACCCUCCAGGUUCUCCACGCUGAGGGAUGCAGCGGGGAGGAGGAAGAAAUAGAGGAAGAGGAAGAAGAAGAGGAGCCGCAGACACAGGAGAUCGACCUCCGGGCCUGCGGGACUCUGGAGGGUAGCCUGGCGAGGGUCCAGUCCCUGCAAGGGAAGACGUUCAGCUUGCCGGACGGUUUCCUCAACGCCCAGCUGGAUGCUAAUGAGCUGCUAGCCAUCCUGCGACAGUGCGCUAACGUUCCCCAGGUGGAUAACGAAUCACGCCUCCAGCCGUCCCGGAUCGCCGAGUACAAGCAGGAGCUGGCGGUGCGCUUCAAGGAGUUCAGGGCGGCAUGCAGACGGGUGGCGAGCGUCGAGAAGAGCCCCACGCGCAUGCUGAGCGUUGUUACGGCCAGCUUCCUGGUCCUCUGCGAACUGACUCAGACCUUCAUCAAGCUGGUUAGAGGGGUGCGUUCAGAGGCCCAAAGGCUGCAGCUGCUGCGGAAGGUUGAAGAGGUUGCUAUCAAUUACACUUUGUUGUUGCGUGCAGCCGAGGAUGCUAUGGGCCACUCCAGUAGUCUGCCUAACAAGAGUGUGAGUCCCCAAGUUACUACAACCACCACUAACAUGGGCUCCCUCUCUCGCCCAAUGAAAACCCUGCCCACCCAGUAAAGACAAAGCUGGGGGAAGUUAGUGAAUAAUUAUUUAUGACAGUUGGGAGUGUGGGUGGCUGGGUCUACGCUCUCAACGUCCAUUAGUUAUUUAUUGUUUACAGGACAUGCAAUGAUCCAUCCAUCGCAAUGCAACUGCUCCAUUAUGCGUUUACAGGGGCUGUGGCAGUUGCAGCCUAGAGUGGCCCUGUAGUGUUCUAGCAUAAAAGACAAACGCUUGUGCACCGCUGUACAAAAGGUGCAUGCACCUACACCUCUGAAACGCUGGGUGAAAAACAGGGCUAACCACUCCUCCAUGUCAACUCACAUUUCAAAGGUCCUUCUCAUUAUUUUCUAUGUAUAUUUGAGUUGUAUGUUUUUAGCAAAGUAUACCAUUUUGUGGAGAAUAAAUAUAAUGAAAAUAAUAUAUAAAAUUAAUUUGAGUAUAACAAAUAUAAAGAGUAAUACACCUACAAUAAAUCUUUAGACAUUUUAAUGUGCUCUGGGCAAAAAUACCACAGAGAAUAUGUCAAAGUAGUGAAUUCUGUGAAUUAGGUAGUCCAAAGCCUGGGUUAGUAGUUGAUGUGUUUGUUUGUUACAUUUCUAACUGUUGUCACAGAAUGAGUUCUGUUGGUCAUCCGGAAAAUAUCAUGACCUGCACCUCAACAAUAUCACAUACCUCACAUUCACAAUGUUGGAAAUUGUACCUCUGCGAGAUUGUAAAAUCCACACAUUUUGAAUUGGGUUGCUAUAAAACAGACAUGGGGCCCAUUUACUCACCUGUAGAAUAACACCACAGGUUGGGGCAGAUGUAGCAGAAACGCUAACUCACUAGCGGCUAACCAAUCAGCUGGGUAGGAUCAAUGUUCUUCAUGAAGAAAGGCAGCCCCGCUCUGCAGUAUAAAUUGUAGUAAACCUCGCAUUGCUGUCUUGGUUUGAGACACACACAGUACACAUGCACUCACACACAACGAUCACAAUCCACACGAAACCGGCACCUCACCUCUUGUAAACGAGAUGAGGUAAAUGGGAGAUUCACAUUAGAAAACUUAGCCUUAGACUUUUGCACAACCUUCAGCAUUUGCUCCUGCUCACACAUGAUCUAAGUUCAUGUUUUGUUUACAUUCAGCCUACUGAACAUUGAGCUAGAAAACAAACUUCACAUCAUACACCUUCAGUUUUAUAAACUAUUUCAUCUUGCAAGAGAUUCAAGUUGCUAUAUUCUUCUCUAAAAUCAUUUUACAGGAUUUUGUGUCACAAAUAAUUCAAUGGGUUUAUACCUUUUUGCUCUCUAUGUGCUGUUGUCCAUUGUGCAAUACAGGAAAUGUUGUGAAAUCACACACACACACAAAGUAGUUUUCUAUGUAUUUUAAUAAAACUGACACCUGUGUUUUCUGUCUGAAAACGGCUUUCUGUCUCAUCCUACUGUCAAACCACGGAGAUCAAAGCAGCCUAUUGCUAACCUCAACAGAAACUGAAACUAUUCAGACUGACAUUAGGGUACUAUUCAUACCAUGUGUUUUCUUUCACUGCACUACUGUCUUGCAUGUUUCCCCAAUUCUACAUUUCUUCUUGAAGAUACAAGAAGUAGAAACGGUCAAGUUACCAAUGGUGGUCGCAGAUUCAGUGUUACUACUAGUUUUAUUGAAGUGAGAAAGAAAGAAUAUACAUCCACAAAAAUAUGAGGAGGCUACUUACGACAGUAAUGUUUGCAAUGGAAAUUAUUUAUGCGUAGUUGUAUUAUUCUACACUUGAGAUGUAAAUAUUGUAAAACGGUUGGAAUAUUUGUGAGCCUGGAAAACACUUUUAAAUUAUCCCACUAACUGACAAUGUGAAGAUUGGUUCCAAAUUCUUCACUGUUUUGUAAAAGAAAAAAGAAAACAUGUCUGUACCGUAUAAUUUCUAGUAGUUAUGUUCCAUAGAAAACUAAUAGCAAAAACGUAUAUUUUAAGAGUAUAUAAUGAGUAUAAAGCAUGGGACAUGUUUAUUUUUAUAAAAACUAAAUAUUUACAGUAUCAAACGGCAUUCUCUCAUCAUGACGGCCUGGAAAUGUUUUCAAACAUUUUGUUUUUGACAUAAUGGUAAUAUACAAAUAUUUUGUGUGGUUGUCAUUGUUGAGUUGCAUUGUUGCCAAAAUGUGAAUAUGUCUCUGUUCCAUAACAUAAUGGACCUCUGUUCCAUAACGUAAUGGACCUCUGUUCCAUAACAUAAUGGACCUCUGUUCCAUAACGUAAUGGACCUCUGUUCCAUAACAUAAUGGACCUCUGUUCCAUAACGUAAUGGACCUAUGUUCCAUAACAUAAUGGACCUAUGUUCCAUAACAUAAUGGACCUCUGUUCCAUAACGUAAUGUACCUCUGUUCCAUAACAUAAUGGACCUCUGUUCCAUAACAUAAUGGACCUCUGUUCCAUAACAUAAUGGACCUAUGUACCAUAAAAUAAUGGACCUAUGUUCCAUAACAUAAUGGACCUAUGUUCCAUAACAUAAUGGAUCUAUGUUCCAUAACAUAAUGGACCUAUGUUCCAUAAUGUAAUGGAUCUAUGUUCCAUAACAUAAUGGAUCUAUGUUCCAUAACAUAAUGGACCUAUGUUCCAUAACAUAAUGGACCUAUGUUCCAUAACAUAAUGGAUCUAUGUUCCAUAACAUAAUGGAACUAUGUUUCAUAAUGUAAUGGACCUAUGUUCCAUAACAUAAUGGAUCUAUGUUCCAUAACAUAAUGGACCUAUGUUCCAUAACGUAAUGGAUCUAUGUUCCAUAACGUAAUGGGCCUAUGUUCCAUAACAUAAUGGACCUAUGUUCCAUAACAUAAUGGACCUAUGUUCCAUAACAUAAUGGACCUCUGUUCCAUAACAUAAUGGACCUCUGUUCCAUAACGUAAUGGACCUAUGUUCCAUAACAUAAUGGACCUAUGUUCCAUAACAUAAUGGAUCUAUGUUCCAUAACAUAAUGGACCUCUGUUCCAUAACAUAAUGGACCUCUGUUCCAUAACAUAAUGGACCUCUGUUCCAUAACGUAAUGGACCUCUGUUCCAUAACAUAAUGGACCUCUGUUCCAUAACGUAAUGGACCUAUGUUCCAUAACAUAAUGGACCUAUGUUCCAUAACAUAAUGGACCUCUGUUCCAUAACGUAAUGGACCUAUGUUCCAUAACAUAAUGGACCUAUGUUCCAUAACAUAAUGGACCUCUGUUCCAUAACGUAAUGGACCUCUGUUCCAUAACAUAAUGGACCUCUGUUCCAUAACAUAAUGGACCUCUGUUCCAUAACAUAAUGGACCUAUGUACCAUAAAAUAAUGGACCUAUGUUCCAUAACAUAAUGGACCUAUGUUCCAUAACAUAAUGGAUCUAUGUUCCAUAACAUAAUGGACCUAUGUUCCAUAAUGUAAUGGAUCUAUGUUCCAUAACAUAAUGGAUCUAUGUUCCAUAACAUAAUGGACCUAUGUUCCAUAACAUAAUGGACCUAUGUUCCAUAACAUAAUGGAUCUAUGUUCCAUAACAUAAUGGACCUAUGUUCCAUAAUGUAAUGGACCUAUGUUCCAUAACAUAAUGGAUCUAUGUUCCAUAACAUAAUGGACCUAUGUUCCAUAACGUAAUGGAUCUAUGUUCCAUAACGUAAUGGGCCUAUGUUCCAUAACAUAAUGGACCUAUGUUCCAUAACAUAAUGGACCUAUGUUCCAUAACAUAAUGGACCUCUGUUCCAUAACAUAAUGGACCUCUGUUCCAUAACGUAAUGGACCUAUGUUCCAUAACAUAAUGGACCUAUGUUCCAUAACAUAAUGGAUCUAUGUUCCAUAACAUAAUGGACCUCUGUUCCAUAACAUAAUGGACCUCUGUUCCAUAACAUAAUGGACCUCUGUUCCAUGGCCUAUUCCAUUGUGUUUGUUUGCACUUAUUUAUUUACUUUUAUUUAUUUGUCAAUAAUCUUGUCUUCACUGUGUUCUU